AUGCUCUCUCACGCCGACCUCCUGGACGCUCGCCUGGGGAUGAAGGAGGCGGCGGCUGAACUUCUCGGGCACCGGGAGGCGGUGAAGUGCCGGAUGGGACCCGGGGGCUCCGAGCCUGGUCACCCGGGCGAUUGCCCUCCGGGCUCAGACACGGUGGAAGGUGCAACUCUCCUUCCCGGGGACAGCAUCACCUCGGCCGGAUCGAACCCGGGAGGAGGCGGCGGCGGCGGCGGCUCAGGCAGCGGCAAAGACCCGGACAAGCAGCAGCAACAACAGCAGCAGCAGCAGCAACAGAGCCAACAGAAACAGAAGAGGCACCGGACCCGCUUCACACCCGCUCAGCUCAACGAGCUGGAGAGGAGCUUCGCCAAGACGCACUAUCCGGACAUCUUCAUGAGAGAGGAGCUGGCUCUGCGCAUCGGCCUCACCGAAUCCAGAGUGCAGGUUUGGUUUCAGAACCGCCGCGCCAAGUGGAAGAAGCGCAAGAAGACCACCAAUGUGUUCCGUGCGCCGGGCACGCUGCUGCCGACUCCAGGACUGCCUCAGUUCCCGGGCGCCAGCAUGGGAGACGGCCUGUGCUCCUUCCACGCCAACGAUACCCGCUGGGCCACGGCGGGGGUGGGCGUCUCGCAGCUCCAGCUGCCCCCGGCCCUGGGCAGGCAACAGGCCAUGGCUCAGUCCCUGUCCCAGUGCAGCCUGGGCGGGCCACCCAAUUCCAUGGGGCUCUCCAACAGCCUGGCCAGCGCUAACGGCGGGGGCUUGCAGUCCCACCUGUACCAGCCCACUUUCCCGGGCAUGGUGCCCGCUUCCCUCGCCGGCCCCGGCAACGUGACCAGCGGCUCGCCGCAGCUCUGCAGCUCCCCGGACAGCGACGUGUGGCGGGGGACCAGCAUCGCCUCCCUGCGCCGCAAAGCACUCGAGCACACAGUGUCUAUGAGCUUCACCUAAUGCAGCUCCCCCUGAGCAGCUCUCCCCUAACCCCCCCCCCCCCCCUCUCUCUCCCCUCCUCCCCAGCCUUCUGUCCAGCAGCCAAACAGCCAGGGAGUCGACUCAGGGUUUGCAAUGCAUCCUUCAGUAGCCACACUCAAAUAGCAGGUGGGAGGGAGAGGGAGGG